AGCGCGCUAGUCUGCCCCGACUGCGACGCCCGCUUCACCAUGGAGCUGCCGUACAAGCGGCACCUGGCCGGCCACGCGCUGAACGCCUGCCACAAGUGCGGCGAGCGACUCUCCAGUCGGAAGGCGCUCGUCAAACACCUCCGGCACGAGCACAUCCGCGAGUGUGAAAAGUGGUUCACGUGCGACAAGUGCCCCAAGAAGUUUAUGAAGAAACGCUCCUGGCUGACGCAUUCGAAGGUCCACGCCACCCAGGACGACACGCAGUGCGGCCGGUGUGGGCUGACGGUCAGCAAACAGCGACUGGCGGAGCACAUCAAAACCGAGCACGGACACGAGCCGUUCACCUGUGCCACUUGCCACAAACGGUUCCGGCGCAACCAGCAGUACCUGCAGCACAUGCGGCUGCACGAGCAGUACGACUGUUCGCUGUGCGGACAGCCAUUCGUCACGCAGCCCGAGUACGCUGCUCACAUGCAGAGCGCACACCAGAUACAGCCGGAUCUGCUGACCGGUCCGGCGCUCACUCGCUACCGGUGUGAGGUGUGCGGCGCCGCCUUCUGGUCUCGCACACAGCUCAGCCAGCAUCUGGACUCACAUCCUGACGUGUCCCUGGAGUGCUCCCGUUGUCAGACCGAGUUCGAGACGGCCGCUCAGCUGCACCGUCACCUGCGCCGCUCGCUGUGCUCGCGCUCACCGCAGCUCAUCUGCCAUCACUGCGGCGCGCAGUUCUGCGCUCACUUCGCGCUCCGCAAGCACCUGGUGCGCGCGCACGGCGAGGGCCCGGCCAAGGUCGGUCGGUGUCCCCACUGCGACUACACCAACAGUAGCGCGGCCAACCUGCGGCGACACAUAGCUGCCCACGAGCAGCUGGCACGGCGGUACGUCUGCGACCAGUGCGCGGCCGCCUUCCACACACUGAGCACCCUCAAGGACCACCAGCUGUACGUUCACACCACGGAGAAACGCUUCACCUGUGGCGAGUGCCAGAAGGCUUUCAAGACGAGUAGUUCGCUGAACCGUCACAUGCGUGUCCACUCGGAAACCCGACCUUACCAGUGUUACUGUGGCAACUCGUACAAGCGCAUGUCCCACCUGCGUCGGCACAUGACCGCCGUGCACAACAUGCGCACGCGCACGAGGCUGAUUGAGAGGUUCGACGGCAGUGCGGCGGCCUCUUCAGACAGCGGGUCGGACGGCACGGGAUCGACUGGCGCCGGCGGCGGCGGCGGAGCUGGCGAGAGCGGUGGUGGCGGGGGCGGCACCGCCAGCAGCGGCGGCGGUGACUCGGGCGGACCGGAGACUGUCACCGAGGCCGCAGUCAGCGAGCCCGCCCAGUGGAGCGGCCUGAUGAGUGAGCACGGCGUCGCCUACAUCCCGGACGAGGGCGUGCUGAGGCUGUACUCUGUCGAUACUGGGGAGGAGCUACCCGAGGAGUUCACCCUACCCCAGGGCAUCUACAACACCGAGGCCGUGUUCCUCGCCGACGGAUCAAGAUCGAUCGUGCUAAAACCGGCCGGUGAGUUGUCUGGUCAGUUGGAUGUGAGCGGGGGUGGCGAGCUGGUGGCGGCGGGGGCGGCGCAGGAGCCGACCGCUACCCUGCCGCCACCCUCCACCAUCCGCUCGUCUCAGCAGAGCCGACUGGUGUGAGCGCCGGCGAACGGGUGUGUAUCUCUAGACUUUUGGGAUCGGCAGAGUCGCUCGCCCCGCUGCGAUGUGUGUUCGGUCUAACCGUGCGGGGUAACCAUACCGGUUUGUUUGUAUUGGUGUCCGACCGGUCAGGGAUUGAGCUUCAAUCAAAUGCUACCGCCCUGAGCCCCGUCCGGCAGUCGAUACGUACCGUGCGAUGGGCGACGUGCUUGUUUGUUCACGAAGUUUAUUGUGCGUUUUCUGAGAAUCGGCUCAAUUGGAAUCCGGAUGGCGUUAUUGCGCUACCAACUGUAAUCACGAGUAAAUGUCAGGGCAAUUGUGAAUUGCUCGCAAUUUUUACACGACUGCUUGUUGGGUGUUCACAGGGUCAUGAACCAUGAUAGAGGGAGUUGGGUGAAAUUUGAACGAGUGGGGGCAUGCGGGUACUCUGGAUGGUGUGUCCCCUUUCAUGGUUUAUAUGGGCUGUUGUUUAUGUGAUAUUUGUCGCAUUUCAGCGUCGUGUUGGAUGGAUAAUAUCUGAGGAAGGUAGCUUCUUCCUAAUAUUGGAUUUUUUGUGACGCUGAUGUGACUGAAAUACAAGCAGUUAAAUGUUA